CGGCGUACGGUGCAGGGAGACAGUGGGAGGCAGCAGCACAGAGGCUAACAGGCUAACAAGCUAACAGGCUGGUUAGCGCACUGUGAUGAGAUGAAUAUUUAAUAUGACUCCUCCGGGUGAAGUCAGACAUUCAGACCCGAGACCCGCGGCUUGAUUCCCGGGUCAAAGCUUCAGCGUCGACGAGGCCGGCGCCCGCUGCGGUUAGUUAGCAUGUUAGCCUGAGAACCAGACCGACGCGUUGCCCACAUAUUAUUACUCCGUUUAAGAGCUCAUGUGCUCCGUCAGCAGGGGGGACGGCACCGACAGCGCCACAGACGGCAUGGAUGCGAGUUAACGGCUGGACUGGGACAGUGUGACCCGGGUCUGUGGCUCUCAGGGCGGGGAGUGUGUGCCGAGGUCAGGCCCCGAGUCUGGGAUGAGAUGCGGCGGAGCGGAGGGCCCGUUAACCCGUGCUAACCAGGUGAGCUAACCCGUGCUAACCAGGUGAGCUAACCCGUGCUAACCAGUUUGCAGGAUGGAGGCGUGCUGUAGGAACCCGAACCGCACGGCGCCGGUUGGUGACGAUGGACUGCACGGCGCCGACGUGCCGCUCUGCUCCCGCACCAAUGGCUGGAGUUGGCCGCCUCACCCCUUCCAGCUGCUCGCCUGGCUGCUCUACGUCUACUUCGCUGUUACCAGCUUUGGUGUGUUCAUCCCCCUGCUGCCGGCUCACUGGAUCCCUGCAGGUUACAUCUGCACGGGCAUCAUGUUUGUGUGUCACCUCUGUGUCCACGUGAUGGCGGUGUCCAUCGACCCGGCCGACUACAACGUCAGAACAACGAGCAACAAAGGUCCAGUUCCUGUUUUCGACCGCACCAAACAUGCACAUGUCAUCGAGAAUUGCCACUGCUACCUCUGCCAGGUGGACGU